AAAAAUGUAUUCGAAUUCCUGUGGAUAACUGCACAAUGAUUAUAUUUUGUCUCUUGUGCUAAUUUAAGAUUCAAAUAGGAAGCGAAGAGUGUGUCGUCGGUGCGAGGGUGACAUUCAGGAGAUCGUGUGAGGAAGAGAUGAGAGAGUUUGGUCAAUCGUGGACCCAGCUGAAGAGAACGACAGAAAACAGAACAAAGUGGAGAUGUGUUGUUGAAGCCCUAUGUUCCACUCGGAACGCAAGGGAAUAAUAAUAAUAAUGAAAUAAUGAUAUAAAGAGCUGCCUACGAUUCAGUACUGAAACAAGAUGUAGCAAUAAAAAAAUUGGCUCGCCCCUUUCAAAAUGUCACACACGCCAAACGUGCCUAUCGUGAAUUUGUCCUAAUGAAACUGGUGAAUCAUAAAAAUAUCAUAUCAUUACUAAACGCAUUUACUCCUCAACAAACACUACAAGAUUUCCAAGAUGUAUAUUUAGUUAUGGAAUUUAUGGAUGCGAAUUUAUGCCAGGUGAUUAAUCUAGAUCUAGAUCAUGAACGAACUUCCUAUCUAUUGUAUCAAGUCCUUUGCGGUGUAAAACAUUUACACGCAGCUGGUAUCAUUCAUCGAGAUUUAAAACCCAGCAAUAUUGUCGUGAAGCAUGACUGCAGUUUGAAAAUUCUGGACUUUGGAUUAGCUCGUACAGCUGGAGACAGUUUUUUAAUGACUCCAUAUGUGGUGACUCGUUAUUAUCGAGCACCAGAAGUUAUAUUGGGCAUGGGUUAUUCAGAGAAUGUAGACAUCUGGUCAGUUGGUUGUAUAUUUGCAGAAAUGGUCCUGGAACGCAUUCUUUUUCCCGGUUAUGAUCAUAUUGAUCAAUGGACAAAAAUAACAGAAGAACUUGGUACACCAGGACCAGAAUUUAUGAGUCGUCUAGAAUAUGCUGUACGUAAUUAUGUUAUGUCAAGGCCAAGAAAUGAACCUCGACCAUUCACUGAACUCUUUCCAGAUGAUCGUUUCCCUCCGUCGAGCACUGAGCAUGAAACACUGAACGCUGAUCAAGCUCGUGAUUUAUUGAGUAGAAUGUUAGUGAUAGAUCCAUUACAGAGAAUAUCUGUCGAUGAAGCUCUACAUCAUCCAUAUAUACACGUAUGGUAUGAAGACUCCGAAGUCAAUGCACCACCACCAGCUCGAUAUGAUGAUUCCUUCGGUGAAAGAAAUUUAUCCGUUGAAGAAUGGAAAGCUCGUAUUUUUCAUGAAGUUAAAGAAUUCGAAGUACACGAAGCUCAUUUACGUAAUGCUCAAAAUUAAUCUUAUGUGUGUGUGUACAUGAGUGUGUUUGUGUGUGUAUGCAUAUAUGUGCGUUGGUGUAUACACACAAUAAUUAAUUAACACCCAGAAAUUAUGCCUAACUAGCGAUUAUUAACCAAACACGAAUAACAGCACGCCCACGCUAUUCACAAAGAGACGGUGAGUGAGUGGGUGGUCGAGAGAUGAAGAGACGACAGAGAACACCUAAAUUUUCCUUUUACGAUUGACAAGAGAUGAUGAUAAUGAUGAUAAUAAUAAUAAUAAAUUCUUUAGUUUACAUCAUUCCUUAUAAAUCUAUCUAUCUAUAUAUAUUUAUUUAUAUAUGCGUAUAAAUAUUUACUUAUUUUGCUGUGUAUACUUGACAAUUUUCUUCUCGACUAUUUAAAGCAUUGACUUCUUGCUUUAUUGUUAUUUCUCUUCUUAUUUUUUAUUAGGCAACCUUCUUGUAAUUAACAUUUUUAUCACUACUAUUAUUAGUAGUAUAUAUACAUGCAUAUAUGUACCGACAUACAUACACACACAAACCGUCUCACUAUAUGUUUAUUUUCUACUUUGUUGCAUAUCUCUUAGUGCUUGCAUAGAAGGUUCUGACUGCGCUUUUCACAUACACACACAAACGUGAGAAUAGUGCUCAUUUGAAUUGUGUUUGUUUUCAAAAACUGUUUGUCACCUGCUAAGUCUCUUUACUUUUUAAGAGUAGUUUAUUCUAUUAGAUUGUUUACAACUGGCUAUGCCUACUACUGUCCACUUCUUCUUUUGUAGUUGCUAUUGUCGUCGCCCCCACCACCACCACCCCCCAACACUCCACGCUCUGUCUGCCUACUUUUCAAAGAAGACCCAUUGUAUUUAAUGCUAAAAAUGUGCUUGUUUACCUGUGUUUGCGUGCCUCAGACACUCUUUCUCUCUCUCCUCAAAGAUUUCCGUGUAUCCAAUAAUAUAUUUUGUUUUCUCAUUUUUGUAUUUUCAUUAUUUACAAGUUGAAAAAAAAUGAGCACUAUUUUUGUUUCUUCAAAUUAUUCAAACGGGAAGAAAAAUAAACAGCAUACCUUUUCUUUUAUGUAACAUUAUUAUUAUUAUUAUUAUCAUUGUGAUAUAGAAUUUACUACUUUUAAGUUAAAUGUACAUGAUGGUUGUCUGCUCUCUCUCUCUCUAUCACACAACUACAUGCUCAUCUAUUAUUAUUAUCAUUACUAUUUUUAAGUGCUUCUCAUCCUCUCUCUCUCUCUCUCUCUCUGUCUAAAUGCACCUAAUUUAUCCCGGUAUAUAUAUAAUCAAUUUUUGAUGGUAGGUUGUUACUGUUUAUAACACGUGUGCAUAUUUUUUGGUUUGUUCUUUGGUGGUAUCUCUUAAUCCCUACUCGAAUAAGAGAGAGAAUUGUCAUCACCACAAAUGCCUGAAGAAAAGAAGAAGAAAAAAAGAAAUAAAACACUCCCAAUUCAAACUUAUUUUCUUAACGCUUUCAUAUUCGGCGCCGAUUCAAUGUGUUCAAUCUAAUAAUAAUGACGAAUAGAUUUGCUUUCAAUUUGUUUGUUUUCCUCAUUUGUUGUUUAUAUAUGCGCGCGAAUGCAUUGUGUAUGUAUGUCUUUAUGUGAAUUGAUUUGUCACCUUCACGAUGAUGAUUAUUAGCUAUGCAGCAACUGCUUACAGUCUGUUUGUUUUUUUAUUUGUAUAGAAGUUACUGGAUAUAUUUUAUACUAGACAUCGGAUUGUAAUAACACAGACACACUCACUCAGUCAUUUAAUAUUAUUAAUAUUUAAUUAUUUAUCUCCCCUUGUUCCAUUUUCUCUCUCUUAUUUUAAAAAGAAAAAAUUCGUCUGCUAGGAAAUAUAUUUAUUUUAUAAAAAUUUAUAAAUUUUAUCUUUCUAACAAUUUAUUUAUCUGGAUGGCAUUCAUCAUAUCCUAUCCUGUAUUCUUAUUUUCUUUUUACUCCUGUACUUGACAAUAUUGUUGUAAUGCUUCUCUUAUGACCGACCUCUCUAUGUGUGUUUUAUAUAUUUAAAAGAAAAACCAACAACCACAACAACUAAAGAAUGAAUAUGUUACUGAUAG